CCGAUGCGGCGGCCCUCCUGAAAUUCCCCAGAGAAGACAACCAACCACCCACCACUCCCAAGUCUCCCAAGUCCCAAGUCGCCGCCGACGCCACCAGCAGCAGCGCGGCCGAGAUGGGGGGCGGGGACGCGGGCCCGGAGGCGGCGGCGGCGGAGCAGGGGGGGCAGGAGGCGAAGCGCGCGGCGGCGGCGGCCUACGACUACGAGGCGGACCCGCGGUGGGCCGACUACUGGUCCAACGUCCUCGUCCCGCCGCACCUCGCCGCCCGCCCCGACGUCAUCGCCCACUUCCGCCGCAAGUUCUACCAACGCUUCAUCGAUCGUGAUUUGGUGGUUGAGCCUAUGUCAACCACUGGUUCCACUCAGCCGAGCAGGCCAGACAUAAGGUCUUCACCUUCAGCAUCCACUGAGAGUGUCAGGGCUCGCAAUUCAGGUUCUAGUUCCAGAUCAGCUGCCCCGCCACCAGCAGCACCACAAGCAGGGGCUGCAAGCCCUUUACGUUUCGAUGCAAAGACUAUACAUUUCUCCGUAAAUGCCUGGGUACUGGUUGUUGCUGGUCUGGGAAUGCUUCCAAUCUUGCCAAAACAUCUUGCAGACAGAGCUUGCAAGCUUUCGUUGCUGGGAACAGUCCUCUCCUCAGGAUAUUCUUUAUACAAUACUUAUGGGAAACCAAGAGAAUUGAACAUGGCUGCAAUUCAGGGUUGGUUGCAGUCAGUACUUGGAGCCAAGGAUUUUAUCCAUUUAAUGUUCUCUUUGUUGCUCGUCACAUCUCAGCUGCACUUAAAGAUUGCUGCGCUACCUGUGUUCUGCUGGGCCCUUGAUCAUGUUGCCAGAUUCCUAAGGCGUAACUUUUCCCGCUCAUCUUUCUACAGGGGAUACUUGGAAGAGCCUUGCCUUUGGGUGGAGACAAACAACACCACGCUCAGCCUCCUUAGCUCGAAUGCCGAACUUGCCUUGGGGUUCCUUCUGAUCAUAUCACUGUUCUCGUGGAGGCGCAACUUCAUCCAGACAUUCAUGUACUGGAACGUGCUGAAGAUGAUGUACCGCGCGCCCGUGACAUCCAGCUACCACCAGAGCGCGUGGGCCAAGAUCGGGCGGACCGUCAACCCCUACAUCGACCGCUACGCUCCGUUCCUCCAGACACCCAUCUCCAUGGUCCAGCGGUGGUGGCUCAGGUAGCGAGCGAGACACGGAGGAAUCUUGCAUGCGAGGCCUGUGGCGGAGAGGAGAAAAACAUAUAUCUACUAUUACUACUACUACUACUAACUAGCAUCGACCUUUCCUGGUGAUUUCAAACUAUUACGCUCGAAAGUCGGGACUCGAAACACGACAUGUACGUGGUUGUGCGGUUUAUUCCCAUGUUGGAGCGGUAGGCUUGACAAUGAGAUGGUUGGUCGACUUGGGCAGGCGGAUGCAUCCUCAGUACCUCUGUGGUCCUGUGCCGUGCCGAGCUUUCGGAAGGUGCCUUGGAGUAGCCUGAACUCGAAUCAUGGUGCUGUCACACCGAAGUCCCUGAUUUACGCCGAGUACUUUUGCCUUA